AUGUCAGCGCCAAUUUUGAACAUCCCUAUAGAGAUACUGGACCAGAUUAUCGAUUUUCUACCUGGGAAAGAUCUGGCGAGUUUAUCAAGUACCUGUAAACAGAUUAGGUAUCUGAUAAAUGACGAAAAAGUAUGGCAACUUCACUGCAAAUGGGAACUAGGGGUAUAUGAUUAUAACCCUUAUAGCAGCUAUGAAGAGUGCUUCAAAAAGCUAUAUAGACACAGAUGGGUAUACCCGUCAAUAUGGUUUGGUGAUAGGAAUCCAUUUGGUACAUUGGCAGUCUCGACAUAUAAUGAAUUAACUGGAUCAUUUGAUAUUGGAGAAGUGCGUGCUUCAAUAGCCCAUCCUGAUACUGGCAUGGGAAUGGGAGUUAUUGAGGGUCGUGCAAGUCGUGAGGUACGUGAACGUCGUGAAAGACGAGAGAGUCUUGAAAGUCGUGAAAGUUUAGAAAGUCGAGAGAGUCGGGAAAGACGAGGGAGCCGGGAAAGCCGUGGUUCGUUCUAUGGGUUUAACACCACUAGCACUUCGGCUAACGACACUAAUGCUAGUGGCAUAACCGGCAUACCUUUUCGCCAGCGUCAUAAUAGUGGUAGUAGUAUAGCCAGUAUACCUAUUGGUACACCCAUUGGAACACCGUUUGGCAUGAAUACUAUCACUCCUACGACUACUCAUGAUACAGACUCGUCUGCUCAAUCUGUAUCACAUUCACAUUCACAUUCAUAUUCACAGUCGCAACAAUCAACUGCACCAGUGACCCCAACUACACCCCAGUCACAAACUCAUAUCUCACGAGAAUCUACACCGAAACUAAAAACGACAAUGGCAUAUGCUAUUUCAUACGAGGAGCCAUUGAUCAGAAUCAACCAAAAAACUGAUUAUAAUGACCCAGCAUCUUUAGUGAACUUUUCCCAAAUACGAGGACUCUAUCGAUGUCUGAUGCGAGCCAAUGCUCUACUCCCGGAACGAAUCCAUCCCUCAAUGAGCAUCUGGCCACCAUCUAAAAUCCCCUGUCAAGACAGAACACGGAAUGUCAGCUCGACUGAGUUUCGAGGACAUUUAUCGAAAACCAGUGCUGCUAGUACUGAUCUUCUAAGAGUACGUACAUGGCUCAACUACUCGUCUGGAUCUAUUGGUGUUACUAUGGGCGAGACAGUAGAAACGUUCAGCAGACUGCCAAUAGACCUUCUAACACCCACUCCCACAAUGCCCUGGAAAGGACUCUGGAUAUAUCGAGGCGAUCCAAUACCCGAAUUCCUCUUCUUCCACCAACCCACCCCGCAACGUUUGGAAGCAAUUAAACUAACUGGCAACAACAAAGUCCCACGAGGCGAAAUAUUAUUUGUUGUCGAAGACCUGAACCACCCAUUACCAGACGGAUUAAAAUUUGUGCCCGAAUUCAUCAUCAGAGGCCGUCGACCUGUUCUCGACGCCCGAUACCAGACCUCGGAACUCAACUUCACCAACCCCACUUUCCACAACGGCCAAGUCGUCCUCUACGAAUCCGACGCCAUCAUCCUCUACGACGAGACCGGUUCGUACAUGGGCGACUGCUGCCGCGUUGACCACCCUCAACUCAUCUCGGGCAAACUCACCCACGUCGCAUAUCCCUAG